GGUAUGUUCGCGCGCAACUAAAUGGAACAUGUAAGGUGUCCCCAUCGAGAUGUCUCGGCUCGCCACAUGACGGCGGUCCUUUUAUCGCGUGAGAUAGAGCAGGUGAGAGAUCCGCAACACCUCGAUAAGACGAUCGGAGCUCGGACAUAAAACAGCCGACUUUCCAUCCGGCCGGCAACACAGCGUCGUCGUAGAUUCACGGCUGCCAAGAAACGAACUGCCACCAUGAAGGCUGUCAUCUUGCUUUGCCUCGUCGGAGUCGUCGUGGCCCAGAGGAAUGCCAUCUGCAGGCUCCCCAAGGUGGUGGGACCCUGUAAGGCUGCCCUCCCUCGCUUCUACUUCAACUUAGACACCGGCCGAUGCGAGGACUUCAGGUACGGCGGCUGCAAGGGCAACGAGAACAACUUCCAGCUCAUCGAGGACUGCAAGAAAGCGUGCGAAGCUCCCGAGAGCACGGGCAAUGACUACGAGCACGCCGAUUUCGAGACCAGCUGCAAGGUGCCCGCCGAGGUGGGACCCUGCGCCGCGGGCAUGCGGCGCUGGUUCUUCAACGCCAACACCGGCGCCUGCGAAACCUUCCUCUACAGCGGCUGCGGGGGCAACGACAACAACUACGAGAGCCAGGAAGAGUGCGAGUUCGUCUGCCAGCCCCAAUGAAGUCCCCAUUUCGUCACCCCAGCCAUCACUCUUGGACCAGAAGUAUACCAAGAGGAGAAAUAAAAUGCACUCCACACGAA